CAGUCCAGUUAGAGUGAGCCAAGAGCAAGCAUGAAGAACACUAGUCUGCAGCUGCCUCUUCUUCUCGUCGUGGCUGCUCUUGUUUGCUGCCUCCCAACUAGUGGCGCAGAACUCCCUGGUUGGGCAAAGCCGCGGCUGCAGCGUCUCCUGCGCGGCGGCGCCAGAUCAGCGGCGGCGCACGGCAGGCGUUCUCCGGUGGUCGAGGUGACCGUGGCGAAGAACGGCAGCGGCGAUUACAGGACGAUCGCUGCUGCCUUGGCGGCAGCGCCCAAGAGCACGAAGAAGGUACGGUCGUCCUACACUAUCCGUAUCGGGGAGGGGACGUACAUCGAGCAGCUCAACAUCACGAGGCGUGAUGUGACUUUGUUCGGCGACGGAGUGGGCAAGACGGUGAUCACCGGCAACCGUGGCUCCCUCAAGCAUGGCGACAUGCCUUCAUCGGCUACCGUUACUGCCUCAGGCCGCGGUUUCAUGGCCCGAGACCUGACGAUACAGAACACGGCGGGACCGGAGGGGAACCAGUCGUUGGCUCUUCGCUCUAGUUCCAACCACACUGUACUGUACCGGUGCGAGCUGGAGAGCUUUCAGGACACCUUGUACGCUGAGAACGGACUGCAGUUGUACCUCGACAGCGUGAUUUCAGGCACGGUGGACUUCGUCUUCGGCAACGCCAAGGCGGUGUUCCAGAGAUGCCAUCUCCUCGUGCGCCGCGGAAGGGAAGGUGCGCACAACAUCAUCACGGCGCAGGGCCGCGACAAGCCCGGCGACGACACCGGCUUCAGCUUCCAGAACUGCAGCAUCAUGGCCAAGCCCAACGAGAACCUGACGGGCGUCGAGACAUUCCUCGGCCGCCCGUGGAAGAACCACUCGCACGUCAUCUUCAUGCAGUCGUUCCUCGACGGCAUCGUGCACCCGAAGGGCUGGGUGGAGUGGGACAAGAGCAAGCACGUCUUGGAGACGACCAAGACCGUGUCGUACAUGAAGUUCAACAAUACGGGACCCGGAUCGGACACCAGCCGCCGCGUCAACUGGGAGGGCUUCUCCGUGGUCGACGCUAGCAAAGCUGAGGAGUACACCGUCGACCGCUUCAUCCACGGCACCCAGUGGCUGCCCAACGCUCUCAACUACAAGCCUGGUCUCUACUAGCUCCCCUCCAUCGAUCCAUAUAUGCAUCAUCUAUUACUGCUAUACUGCUUAUAUUGCUAGCUAGCUCCUUAAUUAUAUAAGUUGCAUCUCAUGCUAGCCCCUGCAGUGAAGUCUCGUUGGUGCAUGAUUGGAUCAGCUGUAUCUCGAUCUUUUUCCUAUUUUCGAUCUUUCUUCAUCGCAUGCAGUACCUUAACUUUGAUUAAUGAAUUUGAUGGGGUACCACCCCUAUGUUA